AUGGAGGUCGACACGAUUGACGAACCCCGAACAAAGUUGCAGGAGAAUGGGGCCCUCGUUGUUAAGAGCGCUCGAACAGAGCUUGUCCCUCGCCAUGAGCGGGAGAAGGCUCGUCGGCACCGCGAAGCCCAGAAGGCCUACGGUCGAGGAAAGAAGAUCAACACAAGGGGUAUCAAGGACAAGAAGCUCCGCAACAAUAUGAAGCGCCUCGAGAACAAGUACCAAGAUGCCACGAUCAGGGCCAAGGAUGCCGAAAUCCUGCUCGAGAACACAUCCGGCUUCCUCGAGGCUGAGGACGAACUCGAACGGACAUACAAGGUGCGCCAGGACGACAUCACCAAGGAGGUGGCGGUGGAGACGGCGCAGAAGCGAUUUGAACUCAAGCUUGAUGAUCUGGGCCCUUAUUGCUUCGACUACUCGAGGAACGGUCGGGAUCUACUGCUGGGAGGUCGCAAGGGUCACGUCGCGACUAUGGACUGGCGCGAGGGCAAGCUGGGCUGCGAGCUUCAGCUGAACGAGACGGUGCGCGACGUCAAGUGGCUGCACAACAACCAGUACUUUGCCGUGGCGCAGAAGAAGUACGUCUACAUCUACGACACCAAUGGCGUCGAGCUGCACAGCUUGAGGAAACACCAGGAAGUGAGCCACAUGGAGUUUUUGCCGUAUCACUUCCUCCUGGCGACAAUUGGAUCUACAGGCGUUCUUAAAUAUCAAGACACCUCGACAGGUCAAUUAGUCGCCGAAAUCCCGACCAAGUUAGGACAACCGACCUCUCUGGGACAGAACCCCUGGAACGCUAUCCUACACGUCGGCCACCAAAACGGAACCGUCACAUUAUGGUCGCCCAAUUCUCAAGACCCUCUCGUCAAGCUUUUGGCCCACCGAGGUCCCGUACGAGAUCUGGCGAUGGACCGUGAAGGCCGGUAUAUGGUGUCAACUGGUCAGGAUCAAAAGAUGGCGGUCUGGGAUGUUAGAAUGUUCCGCGAGGUCAACAACUAUUUCACUCGACAACCUGCAACAUCAGUGUCUAUCUCAGAUACGGGUUUGACAGCCGUUGGCUGGGGUACUCAAACCACCAUCUGGAAGGGCCUCUUCGAUAAGAACAAGCCCGUGCAAGAAAAGGUCCAGAGCCCUUAUAUGGCCUGGGGCGGUGAGGGUAAGCGCAUCGAGCGUGUGCGCUGGUGCCCCUUUGAAGAUGUUCUCGGUAUUGGCCACGACUCUGGUUUCUCGUCCAUCAUCGUUCCUGGUGCUGGUGAAGCCAACUUCGACGCCUUCGAGGUGAACCCCUUCGAGACAGCCAAGCAACGACAGGAAUCCGAAGUCAAGGGCUUGCUCAACAAGCUCUCACCCGACAUGAUUGCUCUAGACCCCAACUUUAUCGGAAACCUAGACUUGCGAUCCGAGAAGCAGCGACGUGCCGAGAGGGACCUCGACGCACCAGCUGUGGACGUGGCCGAGGAGAUCCGCAAGCGCGCAAGGGGCAAGAACGGCGCCCUCAAGAAAUACCUGCGCAAGCAACGCAAGAAGAACAUCAUCGACGAGAAGAGGCUGCACGUCGACGAGAUCUGGAAGGAGCAGCAGGCGCAAAAGGACAAGAAGAAACAGGAGGUCGAGGCGGAUCUGGGACCGGCGCUGUCGAGGUUUGCGAGAAAGGAGUAG